AUGACAAGUGAAUUUCGUGUAUCCGAAUCUGCUGAGACUUCUAAACUUAGUCCAAAGGAUUCCGGCAUUAUAUCAGACGCAAACCAAAUUUCUCACUCUGCUAACUCCAGUUCAGAACCUUCAAGUAGCUUUGCUAACGCAACCCAUGUCACUAUUCAACUGCCUGAUGGAAUGCAAGGGUCCACACUUAGCCAACAGAAGUUACAGGAGUUAAUUUUGCAACUUUCACAAAGUGGCCAGAUUGAGCUCCGCGAGGACAGCAAAAUCGUGAUCGAUCUCAAAUUUAGCGGGAAGUCCGACGAAUGUGCCGCAUCACCCAAAGUUGAAAAGAAAGCAGAACUUGCCGAACCCUCGACCACCAGUACUCGAAACGUUGUUCUCCCGAUAACUUCCCAAGGUCCAGUUUUACAUGCAACUCCUCAACCAAAGUCAGAACCGGCUGUUGGAGUCCCUGCGGUUACUCGUCAUAAUGUCGCGCAUCAACCAACGUACAUCCUCGUCCCUGCUGGACACCUGUCGGGCACUCCUGAUGGCCAUAUGUAUGCAUCUGCUGGUCAGAUACGUGGGAUUUCCUCAGGUAUGCGGUGCCCGCAAACGCGACUUAUUUUUCUUCAAUGA